AUGAUUCCACGAAUCGUAUUACAGAGGCAGCUUCCAAGCUCGACUUCCUUCCUCUACACGCGCCGUCACCUUUCCACAACCGCACCAGCACAGAAUGCGCGCGGGCCGACACCGGAGAACCCGCCUGCACAACCGCACCCAAUCGAUCCACGAUGGCUCACCAUGAUGAAGCGACGAGUUGGGCGGUGUAUGAUGUUCGGUCUCAAGUCGAACCAAGUCGACGAGGCAGGGAAGAUCCUACAACAAUUGGCCAGGGACUGGCGAGAAUUGAUUGCUGGCAGUGAGGGCUUCUUGACCGAUGAGAAGAGGCGGGCCUUGUAUCGCCAUAAUGUGGUGUGGGGGGAGAUGCCCAUGAAAUUCCCGGACAAGAUCACUAUCUACCAAAAGCUAGUUCAAGAUCCAUCAUCGACUCUCGCAUCACAAUCCGCAUUCCAGCUCCAGGUGAUGAUCCUGUCGGAAUCUCGUCAGCGCCCUGCAGCUCGCUGCCAUGAGGAUAUUGUCACAUAUGACUAUAAGCAGAACCGGAAGACCCCCGAGCUGCCGCCCUUUAUCUUUGAUCAAUUCAAGACAAUUUGGGAACUGCAGGAGAAAGCGAAGCAGGAGUGGCGGCAGCGCAUUCUGGAGAUCGAGAAUCGGGUCCGGACGUUGGAGACAGAUAGCUGGGAUCGUGCAGAUGCUGUUGAAAAUACAGGGUCUGCAAAGCAGUAA